AGCCGCACUGGCUCGAAGCUGAAUUCAAACGGACGACGGGCGCUCUAAGAGCAUGGCACGCCGGCCAGAUGAUACACGAGGAUCCUUGAUCUUCCAGGAGGGGAAGUGCAUCGAGGGAGACUACUACAUUGUCGCCGUAUAUGACGAUCCGGCGACCUGUACUAUCUCGUUCUCAGCCUACGAGCUUGAGAACGACUGCACGUACACCUACCCACUGACCUACAGCCAGUUUGAUGCCCUCUUCCAGUAUGAUUCCGAGUUGAUGAAUCCAUCCAAUCAAGAUGGCCGUUUCCAUUGGGUCAUCGAACACCUGGACUUCGUCCAAGAUAAGCGGGGGCAGAAAGUCCUCUGCCUGGGCGAAGAGGCGACGGCAGAGGUGGAUGAUGAAGGGGAUUUGGUGCAGGAGAAGCCGAAAGCGACAUCCGCUGUGCCAGCCAACGUUGGAGGCAAGAUUGAUGGCGCCACCCGUGCCAAGCUGCUCAAAGAGCUGGACACGCACGACGACGCCAAGUUGCAUGCGGCCUUGGUGAAAAGUGAGGGCGCCCGGAAGCGCUUCAUUGCAGAGCUCCACGCCAAGCGGAACCUGGAGCAGCUCAAGGCAUCCCAACGGCUACAGAAGGCAGAUGAGGACCGAGAAGCGCGCCUAGCCAAGCUCGAGCUCAUCAAGAAGCAGCAGCACGCGCGGGCAGAAGCGCACAAAGCCUCCGAGGAAGCUAAGAAAAGCACCAUGGCACAGCUGGAAGUGCUGAUGAAGCAAAAAGAGGCCCAGGCAAUCCGUCGAUUGAUCCAAGAGAAGGAUGCCCAAGAUCGAGGCAUGGGCCGAGAGAAGGACGCGGCCCGGCAGCGGCGGAAGAUGCAAGAGCGCUCCGCCGCUGAGGUGCGAGCCAUCGAGGAGGAGCGAGCACAACAGUUGGCUCGGAAGCGGGAUGAACAGGUGGAGAAGCGGCGGGCACUGUUCUUGAAGAAGAACCGCCAGAUUGCGGAAAUCCUGCGGGAGGAGAAGAUGAAAGAGCGGGAGUAUCAGGCGAGGCUUCGAGAACAGAAGGACUUGAUCAUCCAGGAGGUUUGGAAGACCAAGGCCCAAGAACGCCUGGCGCGGGAGGAGAAAGAACGCGAGUUCCAGCGCCUGGAGGAGAUCCGGGAGACGAAGAACGUGGAGCGCGAGCGCCGGCGCGCAAUGGACGAGUUGAAGCAGAUUAGCGCCAUUCGCAAGCAUGCGGAGGAAGAGAAGGAGGCCACUGUCAAGCGGAGGGAGAAGAUGCGGAAGGAGUACCUGCUGGAAUUGAAGGUGGACGCCAGCAACAGGGCGCAACAAGCUCGGGAGCAAGCUCGGCGGAAUGAGCGGCGGGAGCAGAAGAUCCAGGAGAGGGAGGAAGCGCGGCUACGGCGAUUCCGCGAGUCCCAGUUCAUGGACAGCAUGCGUGCCACUCGCAGCUUCAUGAAGGAGGGCGAGGGCGAGGAAGGCAACACACUGGAGGCCACUGGCAGCCCCACAGCGCAAGACGAGGACCUGCAGCGCAAGGGCUUUGAGGCGGAGGAACGCCGGAAGCGUCAGGCCGAGCGGGAGGAGAAGCUCAAGAGAGAAGCUGAGAAGAAAGGCAAAAUGCAACAGUUGAGUGGGAAGAACCCCAACUUGGCGGAACUGAACAGGAUCAAAGUGUGGCGAGCAGAAGACGAAGCCCAGAAGAAGAAGCUGGAGGAUGCCCGCUUGAAGCGUGAGCUCCAGCGGGAGCAGAACUUGCGGGCGCUGCAUGAGGCGGCGGCCAAGCGCGAGGAGCUUUGGACCCGUUUGGAGGUCACGCGGACCGAGCGUGAAGAGGAGCGGCAAGCAAAUCGCCAAAAGGCGGUCAUUGAGAAGAUCAAGAAUAUGCCAGUUGGCGGAGGUCUUCCAAACGUGCUGGUCUAUUAGUCUGCCGACAUGCAUCAGCUGACCAUCAUACGGCUACUCCUUUCGUUUCACAAGCCUUGCUACUGGGCAAGCGAACUGAGCAUGAGCAUGGACAAAAGUUUCCGUGAUUUGCACCUUUUGCAUUUGCACGAGAAUUGGGGCUGUUGCAUCAUGAAUUGCGAUGGGUUCC